AUGGCAUCCUUUACCGAAAUAGUCGAGGCCCUCAUGACGCCGUCCCUCCCCGUCGUCUUCUUCGGCCUCCUCGUCAUCAUCGGCGCCCCCGUCAUCCUGCACCUCAUCCUCUCCUCGUCGGCCACCUACACCGUCCCGCCCGUCGUCCUGCUCCUCGGGCCCGAAAACGCCGGCAAGACGGCCCUCGCCACCCUGCUCGAGCGCGGCACCAAGCCCGCCCCGACGCACACCUCGCAGGUCACGCAGUCGGUCGAACUCAAUGCCUCGACAGACUCCGACCUGAAGCAGUCGUUUCGCAACCACGACGACGCCACCGGCACCUACACAAAGUUCCUCCUCGUCGACACCCCUGGCCACGGCAAGCUGCGCAACGUCGCCAUGGGCCGGCUUGGCCGCUCGGCUGAGAAGCUCAAGGCUAUCGUCUUCAUGGUCGACGCCGCGGCCCUCGGCGAGCAAGAGACGCUGGCCCCAACCGCGACCUACCUCUACGACGUGCUGCUGCACCUGCAGAAACGGGCCGGCGACAAGUCCAAGCCAAGGGCUGCCGUCUCGGUCCUCGUCGCCGCCAAUAAGAUGGAUCUCUUCACGGCCCUCCCCGCCGCCAUGGUCAAGUCGCACCUGGAGAAUGAGCUGACCAGAAUCCGUGCCUCGAAGAGCAAGGGCCUGCUCGACUCGGGCGUCGGCAUGGACGACAUUGGCUCCGAAGAGCAAGACGCCUGGCUCGGAGAGUAUGGCUCCGACAAGUUUUCCUUCCGACAAAUGCCAGAAUUUGACAUUGACGUCGAGGUCCUCGGAGGCAGCGUCAUGGCCGACGACGCCGACGUGGACAAGUGGUGGUGGUGGAUCGCGCAGAGGGUGUCGUAA